AGCUUAAUGUUUUGCUGUUCAUUAAUCAACUUACUGUAUUUGUGUGAGUGGGGCAACAAAAAUGAGAAUUUCCUUUUUUAAGCUUUGUGCCUGCCUUUUCUCUCUAGUGGGAUUUUAGUGCUUUAUAUUAUUAGCUGAGCUUUUAACCGAAUGAAGAAGCCAAUCUCUAAUUUGCAUCAGUUAUGGCCUUCUCUUCUUGCUUUUCCCAUUCUCAAAUUCACCUCAAGAUUGACUAUCCAUGGCGGAUUAUAAGAUCCCAGCAUCCUGUUGAGAAUGGUGCCCAAAAGCUCUCAUUUUCUCAUAAAAGUUAUAGUUCUGAACUUUUCGGUGGACGAGUAGCAAGGGUGGGAUCUGAUUCUCUUAAGGAUUGGAGUUUUAUUGGAGGUUCAAGAAUUGCAAGUAAACCAAACCUUGCAAGAUCCGUUGUCAAUCAGAAGCGCUCACGAGUAUAUGCAUCAUGGUUCACAAAUUAUCAAUUGGCAAGCACUGCUUUUACCUUGGGAACUGCAGCUGUUCUCCCAUUUUACACCCUCAUGGUUGUAGCUCCCAAAUCAGAAUUGACAAGAAAAUCCAUGGAGAGUAGCUUACCUUAUGUUGUGCUUGGACUUCUUUAUGCAUAUCUACUUUAUCUCUCAUGGACACCGGACACGAUACAGCUGAUGUUUGCCAGUAAAUACUGGUUACCGGAGUUGCCCGGUAUUGCUAAGAUGUUUUCCAGUGAGAUGACAUUAUCCUCUGCAUGGAUUCACUUGUUAGCUGUCGAUCUCUUUGCGGCAAGGCAAGUGUUUCAUGAUGGAUUGGAAAAUGAAAUCGAGACUCGACAUUCGGUUUCUCUCUGCUUGCUCUUUUGCCCCAUUGGAAUAGUUAGUCAUUUCAUCACUAAAGCUCUAACAAAAAAUGCUCGCAGUGCCAGACAUGGCAUGUAGUUGGAAAGUUAAUUGUGUAUUUUUUUUUAAACCAUUUAUGGAUAAUUAGCUGUUUCUUUGCAA